CAUUUUGUUCAACAACAACAACCUAUUGUUCAACAACAACCUGUAAUUCAACAACAACCUGUUGUUCAACAACAACAACCUGUUUUUCAACAACAACAACCUUUUGUUCAACAACAACAACCUAUUGUUCAACAACAACCCGUUGUUCCACAACAACCCGUUGUUCAACAACAACAGCAACAAGCUAUUUACCAACAGCCUGAUGUUCAACAACAACCUACUUUUCAACAACAACCUGUUGUUCAAGAACAACCUGUGAUUCAACAACAUCCUGAAAUUAAACAACAAUCUGUGGUUCAACAUCAACAACAGUCUGAAAAGAAACCAACCGAAGAAAUAGAUAUUCCUAAAAAGUUGAAAAGUCCUGUAACCAUUCCAAACAAGUCCAUCGACGGUCGCGACCUCAAAUCUGCCGGAGGUCGUGACCUCAAGUCUGCACGUGUGCGGCGUGAGAUCUGUGAGAACGACCCAAGUUGUGAAGAGAAGUUUGACCGGAAUCCUUUGCAAGAUAGUUAUUUAGACCAGAUAAAAAAGGCGAUAUAUUCCUCAUGUUGAUAAGGCCAGGGUUUGUACCAGGGGGACUGAAAUUGAGCUAGGCCUCUGAACAUCCUUCCGCCGGGUUUAAGUUAGAGAACCAUGAGGAUUUGGAUCGGUGAUUCAGGAUUUGAGCCGGCUGCAGGCAGUUCAACGACCUCUCCAUUUCAUUUAAUGAGAUUUCAGUAAUCAGUAUUAGUAAGAAGAAUGUUUGUUAAGCAGCUUUUACCUACCCAGUAAAUAAAGGAAAAAUUUGAAUUUUUGA